AUGAUGUAUUAGAGGAACUACUUAUCUCUGGUACGCUUUAAACAUCUGAACAGUUAUGGCUACAUUUCGCAGUAGAAUGCCUCUUUUUGCCGUGUCCAAAGCCUUCGUUUCAACGUUGGGGAGGGCGGCGAAGACUUUCCGACCUUUCUCCACUUCCAGGAAUCUUUCUUCCCCCGAAAGCAAGAGAGUUGUUGUGACGGGACUCGGACUAGUGACUCCGCUUGGAGCGGGAACUAAAACCACGUGGUCCAGAUUGUUGAACGGAGAGUGCGGAAUCACGGCCGUGCAGGGCCCUGGGUAUGAAAAGAUCCCGUGUCAAGUUGCCGCUCACGUUCCCAGGGGAGCAGAGGAAGGCCAGUUCGACGCGGACAAGUUUGUCUCAGCCGCUGACAAACGUGCCAUGACAGACGGAAUGAUUUUCGCUCUCGCGGCUGCCGACGAGGCACUGCAGGACGCGAAAUGGAAGCCAGAAACUGAAGAAGACAGCAACAUGACAGGUGUUGCCAUUGGGACAGGUAUGGUCAGUUUACAGGACAUUGUUGACACCGGUGUCACCCUUCGAGAAAGGGGCUACAAUAGAGUUAGUCCAUACUUUGUCCCGAGAAUCCUUGUUAACCUAGCAGCAGGGCAUGUCAGCAUGAGGUACAACCUGAAAGGACCAAACCAUGCCGUGUCUACCGCGUGCACUACGGGACUUCACGCCAUAGGAGACGCAUACAGGUUUAUCAAGUUUGGAGAUGCUGAUGUGAUGGUGGCCGGUGGUACAGAGGCAAGCAUUAACCCACUGGCAUUUGCUGGAUUUAGCAGGGCAAGGGCUUUGACAACAAAGUUCAACGACGACCCACAGACAGCGUCUAGACCAUUCCAUCCUGAUAGAGACGGUUUCGUGAUGGGCGAGGGAGCUGGUGUUGUUGUUCUGGAGGAAUAUGGCCAUGCCAAGAGGAGAGGUGCGACCAUGUAUGCUGAAGUUGUAGGUUAUGGUCUGUCGGGUGAUGCGAGUCACAUGACAGCACCUUCCGAGACUGGAGAUGGCGCCAUGAGAUGCAUGAAGAGAGCUAUGCAAUGUGCCGGAGUCACCCCCUCUGAAGUGACAUACAUCAAUGCUCACGCUACGUCCACACCUCUUGGAGACACUGUUGAAAACACUGCAAUCAAAACAAUAUUCAACAGCUGUACAUCUUCCUUGGCAGUUUCUUCAACAAAGGGGGCAGUUGGUCACCUGUUAGGUGCUGCAGGGGCAGUGGAAGCCAUUUUCACUGUUCUGGCCUGCGCAGAUGGUAUGCUACCACCAACACUGAACUUGACCAGGGUUGACAAAGAAUUUGACCUGAACUAUGUCCCCUGUAAGGCGCAAGAGUGGAAAGUGAAGGAUGGGAGGAAAAGGGUUGCGUUGACAAACUCUUUUGGCUUUGGUGGGACAAAUGCAUCUCUAUGUAUAAGUAGCAUCAAUUAAUAGCUGAGCUUGUCUAGCUAGAGAUCUACAGAAAUACAUGUACUCAGAACAAUAUUUGGUCAGCCAAAAGGACAUGCACACUUUGACAGUUUAUGUUUGCAUAUGGAUAUGGAAAGGACUGAGGUGUAACCUGUUGUCUGACCUAAUGACUUUCUGUACAUUUCAAACAAUAGACCAGUUCUGACUGUCAAUCACCAAUGAUAGUAUGGCAGUCUGUCUUUUGACCAAUGAGAAAAAGGCUGCUAGGGCUGAGUGUUACUAAUCAUAUUUCUAAAAGUGUAGUAGAUGACACUAUGCCCUCAAAUACCAUUUUUGUAACUCGGCCUUACUUGUGCAAUUAAAUAAAUGAUGGCAAAGAAGCUUGUUAUGUGCCAAUGUAUGGAAAUAAAUAUGUACUUCAGCUUUCAACCUUU